GACCUUUUCUUCACAUCUUUCACAAAGACAAUUUAGCAUUUCCGUUUGUAUAUCAAACCAUAGAUAUGCUAUUCAUAAUUAUGAGUAGAAUAAUAAUUUUUAUGUGUAGUAUAUGUGUUUAAGGAAAUGCAGCACAUGCGAGAAUCAAAUAUUCACUAAUAAUCUACAUAAAGGCGGAUGGAGAGCUGCUGUUUUUUUUUUUUUUGGUUUUUUUUUCAUACGUCAUCACUGCGCGCCUCGAACAAACCGCUACUACCGCUGGCGCGUAAACACAGAUGUGAGGCAUGGAUCAGAGUGGACUCAACCUCGUCAAGGUGCACGGAGGUGGUGGUUAUGACUCGGAUUUCAGUGAUGAUGAAGGUGGAGGAGGCUCAUCACAACAUGGAGGGAAGAGGGCACGUGAAGAUGAGCUGUUGCAGAAGCCGUUCCAGAGAGGGAAGCGCGCCAAGGUCGCUCACAGAAAUGUGGCUGCGGAUGAAUGGGACAGGGAAGAGGCCAGAAAUCGUCGCCACCAUCUCAUAUCAAUGAAUGCUUUUGACAGGCAUAAGAAGUUUGUCAGCGACUACAUACUGUACUAUGGAGGAAAGCUGGAGGACUUAAAAAGAUCCACGGCAAAAGACAAGACGGAUCUCGACGUGGUGAGAGAAAAUCAUCGCUUCCUCUGGAGAGACGAGGAUGAGGAAGAUAUGACGUGGGAGAAAGAGCUUGCAAAGAAGUACUAUGACAAGCUCUUCAAGGAGUACUGUAUUGCUGACCUCAGCAGAUACAAAGAAAACAAGUUUGGAUUCAGAUGGCGCAUUGAAAGUGAAGUAAUAUCUGGAAAAGGCCAGUUUCUGUGUGGGAAUAAGCGCUGUGAGAAGAAUGAGGGCUUGAAGAGCUGGGAAGUGAAUUUUGCUUAUGUGGAACAGAACGAGAAGAGGAACGCUCUGGUGAAACUGCGUCUCUGUCCAGAAUGUUCCUUCAAACUGAACUACCAUCACAAGAGGAAAGAGGUCAAGGUUAAGAAGAAAUGCAGACCAGAAGGGAAUGGAGAUGAGUCACAGGCCAAGAAGACCAAGCGCAAGUCUAAACACAAACGCAAAGAGAAACACAAACACAAAAAGAGGCGAAAAGAGGACUCUUCCUCAAGUUCUGAAGAUUCCCAUGGGUCCGCGAAAGACUUGGAAAGUGAAGAAGAGGCUGAAGGUCCAUCAGAGUCGGAGUUCUGGAAAGGUCCAGCCCCUGCUCUGGAGGAGAAAUCACGGGAAGAGGAGUUUGAUGAAUACUUCGAGGGCAUGUUUUUAUGAGCAGGGGACUUGGCUGACCAUCCAAAAGAUUGUUCCCACAAUGCUUAUGUACAGAGUGAAUAAAAUGCGCACUGCUUUGUCAUGAAGUUAAAACAGUUUACGUGUACAGUGUUCAAGGAACAUGUCAAUUUAUACAAACUCAUAAGCAGCUGUGCAAGGUUCUACUUCAGGGUUCUCCUUCGUGGAGGGAGUGUCAGACUGCACCGAUUUAAUAACUGCUUUAACCAAUUAUGUGUAAUGUGUGAUAAAUAUGCUACUAAUAUUAUAUGUUGAAUGUUCUGUGUUUUUAUAUUAUUUUUAAAUAAUUAAUGUUUAUUUUAGUAAUUGGUAGCAGGCUGUUUGAAACAAGGUGAAGGGACGAAUUUGGGGCUUCAAUUAUUAAACAUGAACGCAGUAUAUCAAAUAUUUCUCUCACAGGCUGAACAGUGAAAAUCAUUGUGUCCAUAACCAUCACUUGUGCUCACGCUCACACACACACACACAUGAAGGUGAAUAUUCUGCCCACUUAAUAAUCAGAAUGUCUAGACACCAAACAAACUCAUUUAAAGCUCUUUGCACUGUAACGGUUUGUGUUUUGAACAGCAUGUCUGACCUUUAGAGUAAGGAAGUUUCAGAGUUUGACUGAAACAAGCUGUCUCAGGCCACCAGCAACCUGAGCCUCUUUACUGUGAGAUGAUCCAGCUUUACUAGAUAAUCCCUGAGAUGAUAGAGAUGUCUUGGUACCGUCCAAGUCCUCCCAGUUCUCCAUGUGUCCUUUGACAGAAAUAGCUAAGUAUACAGUAUGUGUGAAAAGGCCAGUAGAAUGAGUGUCAUAAGUGUGAGAGAGUGGAUCUUCAGGACAUUGGAGAUCUUUGAACCGUGAAUUCACUUGUUUAUUGAUAGUAUGUUUUAUAGCAACUUGUACAUGUGUCAGUCUGUGAGGUAAGAGGACAUUGGAUAUAAAAUCUUUCUUUCAAUAUUACAUUGGUCGGUCAUAUGUUCUGUCAGAUCUGGUUUAAGAGGUAUUAAAAGUAGUGCUGUUUGAACCAUUGUAGGAAACGUAUUCAUGUGAAGGCCUUUAUAAUGAAAAGAAGCAGCAUUGGCCUCUUAUUAGAUUAAAGGUCUAUAUUGAUUUACAAUCUAAUUGUUGUUGUUCUCAUUGCAAAACCAGACAGGGUGUUCCUGAUAUUAUGGACAACAAUGAGAUUACAUAUCUGUAUUCAGACCUAGUAAGAUGUGAGCAAAGUACUACUGUAGGUUCUAUAUAACACAGGAAUAGCUCCUGUCAUUUGUUUUACAUAAGCAGAACCGUCAAGAUUAAACUUAAAUGAACUCAAGCUUCCCCUCAAGCCCUAAAUGAUCUUACAACAUUUCAGUUCUGUCAGUACUUGCUUGAUCCUACACAGUUUUUUUAUUAACACUUUCAGAAUAUCCAUCUUAAUAAGCUAGAUCAUGUGAUAUGAGAUAUGUGCAAGACCACUUAGCUCUAUCAGUCUAGAUGUGCUUUAAUUAGAGCCAACUGCACAUUGACAUCAUUCAUCAUAUUGUUAGAAUCUCAAUGCAUUAUUAAUCACUAAGAACUAUCAGGCCCUCUGCAUCCAUGACAAUUCUUGAAAAUUCGUGCAUCACACUGAAGUAACCCUUCAAAAUGUUUCACUAACAUCAGUCAAGUUCUGGCCUUGAACCUUUACAUCAAGUCAUUUUGAAAUGGUCUUUAAAAAUGUAUUAGGCAAAAAGAAAAAAAAACACAAGUUGCCUCUUCAUUGUUACUUUCUCCAACACUUCUCACUGUUUAAACAAAUUAAUGUAUUUUUUAUAUAAAUAUAUAUUUCAUAUAUAAAUAUGAUGAACUCACUAAUGAAGUAUUAUUGACAGCAUUUUAAAAAAAAACUUUGAUCUCUUAAAUAAUUCCAUGUUAUUAUUUAGCUGUUAUAUUGCAACUUUUGCGAUAAUUACCGGAAGAACUGAAAUCUGUCCAUCUUAAAUCUGUUAAAAGCUAGUGAUACAUGAAAGAAACACCAAACAAUAUCCAGACUGUACAUUAUUUUCCAGUUUUGCUGUGGUGUUCUGUGUUAUUUUCAGAAUCAGCCCUUUCAUCUGUAAUAGAUUUAGAGUUUUUGUUUUUUUUGUCAAAGAAUUACAGAAAGGGAAAAACAACCAAAAAUGGUGAAUCCUGAGGUCCAAAAACCUCCACCUGGUUAAAAAAAACCUUCCACCUGCUGUCACAUGUAACUGGUUGGUCAAGCUCUUUGUCCAAUGGUUCUUUUUAAAAUAUGGUGCACGUUUUAGACUUCCCUCCUUCAGUAACUUCUGGUAUAGGGAAAGACAGACAGGAAAAAGAGGGUAAGGGUUAGAGCAAACAAAUUAAAUGUUCUUACCAUCACAUGGAAGUCCCUUGAUUAAUAAAAAAAAUUAUGGCUGUU